AGAUGGCACAAUAGACGCAGGUUCGAAUAGGUAAAAAUGGCGCUGAAGGAGGCAGAAAAAUCGAAGGAGGAGAUUAAACAAGAAAAAAAGCAAGAAAAGAGAUCAGUUCGAGCAUUUAAUUCUAUGCAAUAUGAUGGGCCAUUUGGCAAAAUUCAACUUAUAUUGUACGCUAUAAGCGUUCCACUGGGAUUUUUUGUUGCCUUACCUGUCGGAAUAGUCGUGCAACAAUUUGAUCAUAUUUGCCCAUUAUAUGCUGACAUUACUUGGCAUGCAACCCAUUUAUGGUCUCGUUCCGAGGGAGCCUGCGCUUACGUUAUCUUUGGAAAUGUUGCAAUCUCCAUCAUUUACGCUUUCUUCAUGACGUUAGCCACUUAUUUUAUUACUGAUAAAAGAACAAAGAAGCAAAUUAAAUAUACAAGAUUAACUCACCAUGUUCACGAGCGCUUCCUUAUUAGAGGAAUGAAUCCUGUAUUUACGUUCGUUAAUACUAUAGCCUUAUUGAUACUGCUUGGUUCAGCAAUUGUUCUAUCAGUUGGAUUAGGAAGAUUUUGUCAACAACUAACUAAGGCAAAAGAAGAAAAUCCGGAUUUCCAAAUGGAUAGUUGUGCUUCGGGAAUAGCAUGGGACCGUAUGAAAAUGUUUGGAGGAGGAGACAGUAUCAAUGGUAGUGGUUUUUAUCCAGGAAUAUUAAUUGCUUGUAUUGCUUCUUGGCUUUUGGUUAUCAACUGGGCUAUUCUUUUCGUGAUGAAUUGUGCCAUCUGUUGUGGAAAAUGUAGCUUAGAGGUCUCUGAAGAAAAAUUGAAGCCAACUCCUGAAACUAGAGAAGCCUACAGAUUGACAAUGAGUCAACAGGCCUCUGGCAGAACGACUCCAAGAAUUACAGGACGAUCUAUAUCGUCGAUUCCUCAAGCCCAUGGCUCUCAAAUGAGUAUGACGCCAUCUUAUCAAGGAAGGUCACUUCCAUCUGGUAGAGCAGACGUGGCUGAAAGACCAACAAAAUUUGUGCGUAGACUUCCUCAUGGUUCCAUUGAUCAGGAAGACGAAGAAUAUCCGAUUCAGCAGUAUGAGAAACAACCUCAACAAUUUAGACCGAUAAACCCAAAUCCUCAACAAUAUUAUCAACCUCCACCGCAGCAGCGUCAACCUUAUGCCAGACCUCCUCCCCACGAAAUGGCUCAACAUCCCCAUCAAGAAAGACCCCAGUAUGCCCCCCCACCCCAUCAAGUACCACAACAAUAUCAACAUCCUCAACAACAACAGCGGCAACCAACAUAUACUCGAUCAAAUCCCCAAAUAAUAUAA